AUGGCAGCUAAGCUUAUUAUUCUUCUGUGUGCUGUAGCCGCAGCCCACGCUGGUAACCUUUACGCCUCAUAUGCCGCCUCACCAUAUGCCACGUAUGCUUCGGCUCCAUACACUACGUACACAUCUGCACCUAUUCUGAAAAGCUACGCUGCUCCUACUAUUUCGUAUACCGCGCCGGCUGUGUCAUAUGCAGCUCCAUCUUACGCUUACGCUGCACCAGCGACCUACUCUGCACCUAUUGUGAAAGCAGUCACCCCCGCUGUGUCUUCGAUCUCCUCGUACACAACUCAAACGUCUCACGGAGCGCCAAUUCUUGCUAAGGCCGUCGCCCCAGUAGCAACAUAUGCUGCCGCUCCAAUUGCUUCGUACGCUGCGGCUCCAGUGACCUACGCCCCUGCUGCACCUGUGACUUACGCCGCACAACCUGCCCGAUUUGCCACAUACUCCGCUCCUUACACCACAUACGCUCAUGCCGCUCCCCUGACCACAUACUCUACCGGACCUAUCCUGAAGUCAGGUUACAUUUCUGCAGGACCUUCUUAUUCGUACGGUAACUUAGCUGGCCACGGCUGGUGA